CUUGUCGAAGCUAAUUUUGACUAAUUAGCGGAGUGUUUAUAACAUAUCUAAAAGUUUUGGGGUGCUUUUUGUAUUUUUCUAAAAGUAUAGUGGUUUAAUUGAUAAAUAUAAGAAAAGGUUUCCUCAACACUCACCAUCGUCUUCUCCUCUCGUUGUAGAGCUUAACGACGCCGUUCACUGUUUCAGAGAGUUUCAUCAAUUAGGGUUUUUGUUGGCAGUUCUCCAGGCUAAAUAUUGAAUCUAAGCAUGGGUUCGCACGAGCAAUCGGAGAAUAAGUCGCCUGAGAAGAGUGGUUCGAGCAGCGUUUCUAAGAAAGUUGCGGAGAUCUGGGAGCGAAUGAACGAAGGAGUGCCAAAGAGACGAUAUAAUUUUAACUCAAAGAGCCCAACCGCUCUGUCCGCUCAAAAAUCAGCUAAUAACAACUGGAAAAGUUAUCUUGGUGUGGAUGCGAAGAAGAAGGAUCACAAAAUUGUUCAAAAGGAAGAUAUCAUCUCGGAUAAUAAUAAUACAUGCAGCGAGGAGGCUAAGAAAAUAGCUGCAGCCGCUUUGGCUGCUGUCAGAAACGCAACCGCAACCGCUGCAGCUGCAUCGAGCCGGGGAAAGAUUGAGAUAACCGAGGUCAAAGACUUUGCUGGUCAAGAAAUCGAAGUGAAGAGGUUAGUGGAAGCGGAUUCGAAGGAAGCCUCCUCCUCCUCUUCCUCGGCGGCGACGCCUUCAGCGGUUGACGCGGUUCUUGAGCAGAUAAAGAAGAAACAGAAGCUGAGCGUUUUGGACAAGACGAAGAAAGAUUGGGGAGAGUACAAGGAGGAAAACAAAGGUGUUGAGGACGAGCUGGAUAAGUACAAGAAGAGCUCCGACAAGUAUCUCGACAAAGUUUCCUUCUUGGAAAGAGCUGAUUACAGACAGUUUGAGAAAGAGAGAGACGCUCGUUUGGCUCUUCAGUCCAAGAGGAGACACGAUGAUGCCUGAAUCUAAGCUCUUUUAACGUUCUUCUGCUGCUGCUGCUGCUGCUGUAAGUAUUCUUGUUUUCUGGUAUGUAGAGAUGUGAUCUUACAGAACCUUGUAGCAGUUUCCUAAGGGAUUUUUAUGACAUUCUUUGCUGAGCCUAAACCGAGUUCCGGUUUGCUCGAUUGAUUCGGUUUUCAUCUCCACACACUCAUAAAAAGAAAUCAUAGUAACGACAUUAUCAAUCUAAGUUUUGUUGUUACUGUACUAUUAGUGACGGUUUGGUGACGAAAGGUAAUUUUUAUGCUU